CUCUCAUCAGCUGACUGAGGAGCAGUUGCUAACAGCACCAUGAGGUUGACCAGCAUUUCCAUCUUCCUUGGCUUCUUCAUCCUGUGCCAAGUGGCGCCAUCCACUUGUGCCACAACGGAGGCACGUCCUUUUUUUGGCAUUAAACUUGGGGAUUGUCCUCACAAUGAUGCCAUCUGCCAUGGGAAACCUGUUGGGAACCGGUGCUUGAACGACACCCAGUGCCCAAGUUCACUGAAAUGCUGCCCAGGCCCCUGCGGCAAAACCUGCCUCCAGCCUGUGAAUGUGAAACCGGAUCACUGUCCACCGGAUACUGAACAAGAUGUUAAGAAUUUUAAUUACUGCAAUAAAGAUGAUGAUUGUAAAGGAAAACAGAAAUGCUGCUUUGCUUUUUGGGGUUCGGAAUGUCUCGAUACACAGAAAGAAAAGCCUAAAAACUGCCCUGAAAAAGUUUUCAAAUGUCCUAAAAUAUUGAGGGGUGAGUGUACUCAUGACACUCAGUGCAAAGGGGUGAAGAAGUGCUGCUUCUCUGACUGCGCCUUGCGCUGUGUGGAUCCAGUAUAAAGUACCUGAGACACAGGAUGCUUCUGCAGAGAAGGAGACAACUUGUUCCCACGGUCAUCCAAUGGAACCUCGGCGUGAUCCGGCUGAAACACAAAUCUUCCAAUAAAGUUGUCUAGAUCAGA